UUUCUCUUAAAAUUUGUGUUGUCACGUGACCAUCAAAGAUACCAAAAUAGUGCCGAGGAACAAGUGGCUAGUUUUUGUAAGGAUUAAAACCAUGGAGAAGACUAAAUAGCACCAGUUGAAGUAAGAAAAACAUGUAAAUUAUUGCUCCUGAAGGAUGUUGCUGUAACUGCUGGUGCCACAACUAUUGAGCCAAUUAUCAGCUGUAUUAGUGUCCUGCACUCUGCUGAUGGUCUGGAAUGUGUUGGUGUAUCAUGGCUGUAAAAGUGGGAUAUUAAUGUCUGUGUAUGGCUGAAUGCUGCUUUCGUAACCAGGUGGUUGUUAUGGAAUAAUCUAUGAAAUUACCACAGAACACACAUCAAGCUUGCUCUGGUUGAAUUGGACCAGUAUGGGAUCAGGAGCCAGCAGCUGCUUGUGCUCUAAUGCCACAAUGGUGCAGCCACAGGGUGCACGACCCAUGCACCAAAGAGCCCCGAAGAUUGGAGACUUGCCCAGGAACACCACCAUAGAUCACAGCCAGGAGGACAUAGAAGGGGUGACAGCAGUGGACAGCUGUCAGAAGUCACCAGAGGACAACAUGCCCUGUGCAGACACACAUCAACCUUUGCCUGUAACAAAUAAUCAUACAACAGGGAGGCGGGCCUUGAAUAAAAGGACUUCCAACUUGACCAAUGACUCAGGGCGAAGUUCCACCAUGAUAGAGAAUGAAGAGAAUCAUGAGUCAAAUGAAGAAAGUAGGAACAAUAUCCGCAAUAACAGUAUUACUAUCAUCGACCCAGCAGGGCUUCUUAGAGUCCCAACACCUGUAGAUAAUGUAUCAACAUCACAAGUUGAUGCUCACUUACGGACUUCUUCAUCUUAUUAUAACACCAUGAGUCCAACUCCUAGCCAGGGCUCGGACCUUAGCACGCACAGUACUCCUAACUUGAGACCAACCCCCAGGGUCACUUACAGUCUUUCAGCUGACAGUGGAACCCGGCUGUCUGCACCGAAUUCAAAGAGACAAAUUUAUCCUAAGCUGCCAUACUCUCCCUACAGCUCACCCUGUGCCUCGCCCAGGCUGAGGCGGACACCCACACGGGAGUCCAGGAGUGUAUCCAUAUCAGACGUGGAUGGAUUUGUUCAACUCAAUCAAUAUAUGCUCAAGGAUGAAAUUGGAAAGGGAUCCUAUGGUAUUGUGAAGCUGGCUUAUGAUGAGACAAGUGACACACACUAUGCCAUGAAGAUGAUUUCCAAGAAGAAACUAAUCAAGAAAGCUGGCUUUUUUAGAAAGCCUCCCAAGAAAGAAGGUCGUCCAGAAAUAAGGCAUGAUCCUUUGGAGAAACUGUACAGGGAGAUUGCCAUCUUGAAGAAGUUGGACCACCCUAAUAUUGUGAAGCUGGUAGAAGUGCUGGAUGAUCCUGCAGAGGACAACUUGUAUAUGGCAUUUGAGCUUGUGGAUGGAGGAGAGGUGUUAUCCUUACCCACAGAGAACCCUCUGAGUGAAGAGCUGACCAGAUCCUACUUUAGAGACAUGGUACUGGGAGUAGAAUACUUACAUUUCCAGAAGAUUAUUCACCGAGAUAUCAAACCAAGUAACUUACUACUUACUGACGACGGUCAUGUCAAGAUAGCAGACUUUGGUGUGAGUAACACAUUUGAGGGUAAAGAUGCCUGGCUGACCAAUACAGCAGGGACACCUGCUUUCAUGGCACCAGAAUCAUUACGAGAUGCAAAAGAAAAAUACAGUGGAAAGGCACUUGAUGUUUGGGCCAUGGGCAUCACACUAUACAGUUUUGUGUAUGGCCAUUGCCCAUUCCAAGAUGAAUAUGUCCUGGGUCUUCAUAAGAAGAUUUUGACAGAUCCAGUAAUAUUUCCAGAAAGUCCUGCUGUGAGUGAAGACCUCAAGGACCUCAUUUCAAAGAUGCUGCAGAAAGAUCCAGAUCAGAGAAUAACUUUGCCAGAAAUUAAGGUACAUCCCUGGGUGACGGAACACGGCCAAGUGGUUCUCCCAAACACGGAGGAGAACUGUAUCCUGAUCACAGUAACUGAUGAGGAGGUCGCUGAGGUUGUGAAACAUGUGCCAAAGUUAGAUACACUGAUUCUUGUAAAGAGCAUAUUAAAGCAGAAGUCUUUCAAAAAUCCAUUUAACAAGGAUGGGAAGGAAGACUUUCAACAAGAGUACCAUAAGAACGGAAGAUCUAACUCGGCCCCUGGGGAAAUAGACGGGGAUGUGGCAAGGAGGGCUGUUACAGAAUCUCAUUUAGCUGAUGUUGCAGAACAUAAAGCUGAAAAAUCAUGACAAGAGUGUGUACCCAGAGUGCAACCUUCAGUCAAGGUCACAGAUUGCCUGAAAGUAUUUGCUAUGCAGUAGAAUUUACCAGUUAUUCAGAAUCCAACAUUUACACUUGCAUUAGGAACAGAUUGUGCCAGAGGACUGUGUUAUGGAAGUAGAUCUUAAAUUAUAGGUUUUAGACUCUCCAGGAAAACUUGCGAGCUAGAGGUUAAGAGAAAAAGAAAAGUCGAUUUCUUGUAUAGAAAAAAUCUUAAAGAUAUGUAUUUUAUGAACUUGACGAGGACUAUCCAGUUAUGGAUGUCUAUGCAUUCCCCUCAUAAUUCAGUGGAUUUUUUUUCACUUCAUGGUUGUAAACAGUAAUGGGAUCAGGUUGGAUUCUUCUCAACUGUGAAAUUUGCUAUUUUCAAGAGGUGUCCAAAGACUUUCAUUUUUAUUAACUAUUUUGAUUGUCUUAAAGUAUCCCGUUGUUGUCCAUUGACUAGUCUUAUCUGUUAUUGGUGCAAAGUAUUCAGUUUAAUAUAUUUUAAAUGUUAGAAUGGCAUUUUUCAUUACAGGUGAUACAAAUUACUCAAGUCUUGUGCAUUUAUCAAUAUGCAGACAUAUCUUACAUCAUUUAAAUAUUAAACAUUUAGCCAGGUGGAUGUUGCCCUUUAUCUAUAGAUAGCCAUUUCCUUGUCUUGAACAGAACAGUUAUAUAUUUACAUACAUCACUUAGCUUGUUUUUAAUAUUUUAAUGUAGCUGCUAACAGUUAUAACAUUCGUAAAAAUAUUUCUGUUAUGCAAGUUUCCGAGGUAAAAACAUUUUUGAAAAUUGCUAAUGAAUGACAAUUUGCAUAGGAAUUUUAAUUUUUUCUUGACCUCAUUUUUAAUAACAUAAAUAUAUCUUAACAUUUAAGGUUCUGCUAAAAUACUGACAUAAAUACAGGAUGAAGUUCAGAUAUUGUUUUAUUGCUAAUGGAUGUGAUGUUAUUGUAUUCAGUGUCAAUAUCAGAAAUUUUCAAAUAUUUCAUACAUUGUCAAAGGUGUUGGUGUCUAUUUUGUACAGAAUUUGCAAGGAUAAUGUCUUUACCCAUCAAUUUUUCUCCUCAGAUUUUUAUAUUUUUGCAUAUGAAGUCAUUUAUAUAUAAAUAAAACAUAUCUGUAGAUCUUAAA